AUGGGUCGAAGAAAACAGGCAAAGGCUGUGGCUUACGUGAACGUCGACGUUGCCGUUUCGGGCGCUGGAAUCAACCCUGUCGCGACGACGCAGCUAGACGAACUGAUCUUACAAGCAACAAAACAGGUCUUGGAUCCCGACAAUUCGUCACGAACAAUGUACAACUCGUUGAUCAGCCAUGUGAACGAUGUGAUCAUUGAUAGAAUUGUAGACGGUGGUUCAGACUACGCGGCGUUUAUGCAGCAGGUCGGCGUUGCCGAUUUAUCCUUCGGAGGAGGUUACCCCGUCUACCAUUCGAUGUACGAUGACUUUGUCUGGAUGAGUAAGUUCGGCGAUCCUAUGUUUCGAAGGCACAAAAGCGUCGAGGACUUGAAAAUCGAAGUUUUGAAUCGAAGCCUUAUUCUCGAUCCUUUGGUCGAGUCGAUUAACGAACUUGAGAGGGCGUCGACGAAGAUAAACAAUGAAAGGAAGGCAAUCGAAGGGUCAAAGGGCUGGUUUCAAAGUCGGAGAAAUGACCGGAAAGCAAGAGAGGUGAACGAUUGGCUAAUGAUGGCCGAGCGCGCAUUUCUUGACGAUGACGGGCUUCCGGGAAGACCGUGGUACAAACAUUUGAUCUAUGCGCGGUCGAAGAAGAAUAAUUACGAAACGAAGGCACAACAUGGGAUAUGCGAUGCACUUGAAGAGGCGAAGCGCCUCGACACUCCCGGCUCGUGGCAAUCCGUACAACAUGAAAUUUGGCAUGUCGCUAGAGGUGUGACGCGCGCGUCUUUGCGUCUAGACAAGAACUCACAUGAAUAUGAUCGUCUAAAAACAACCUGA